AUUAAGAAUUAGUGCUUCAAUACAUCGAAAUCGACGUCGGCUAUUGUCAUCGCAAGUAUUAACAUAAUAUAUUUUUAAGCUUCUGUGACUGUUUUAAAUAUGAAAAAGUUAUGGGUUGUCUCGCUUGCAAUAUGUGUUUCAACGAUAACAGCCGAAAAUUUGAAUAAUACGACAAUACACUCAUCCAGAAAGAAGUCAGAUUGUACGACUCGAGAAUGUGUAAAGGAUAAUUUGGAAUUCGAACUGGCUUUACUUUAUAAUAUGAACGCGAGCGUUGACCCCUGUGACAAUUUUUAUGAAUUCGCUUGCGGUAAUUUUGAUAAUGUUCCUGAUGAUCAUGUACAAACUGUAGAUCAUGAUUUUGGUUACCCAGUAAAAUCUGUAUACAUGAAAAUUAUAUAUUUAAUAAUAAAUGAUCAAUUGGAUUCUCCCAAGCAAUUUAAUUUCCUCAGAGACUUCGUGAUCUCUUGUGAAAACUUGGACUUCUAUAACAACAAUAUAGAUUCUAGUGUCAGAGAGGACCAAUUGGAUGAUUUAACUGGAAUAAUAUCUAAAUUGGGUGAGUGGCCUGUUGUAGAAGGCCCCAAAUGGAACAGCACUGACUUCAAUUGGGUUGAUUUUGAAGAGAAAGCCGGUUAUCUUGGGGUUGGUAAAAGUUAUUAUUUUCGUGCCGAACUUGAUCUAGAGAAAGGAGGUAAGAGCAUUCAUUUGGAUUCACCAAAAUUCGAAUUUUCAUAUGAAGACAUGAAAAACGACCAUAACAAUUCUAUGAUCGAUGCUUACCAUAAAUAUAUGGUGGAUGUCGCGAAGCUUCUCGGUGCCAAUGAAACACAAGCGAAAAUAGACCUUAUGGAAUCACUAAAAUUCGAAUUGAAGCUCAUAUAUAUAAGCAACAACAAUAACAUAUCAAAUCAUGUUAAUAACAGUAACAGAAUGUCACUAAAAGAAAUGAAAGAAACUUGGCCAGGUAUAAAAUGGCAGAGAUUGGUGGCUCUGCCGAACGAAACAACUACGCAACCUUACUUCACAAAUGAAUCGAUAAUUUUUGUAAAAAAUUGUCAUUAUGUAACUGAAUUAGAAAAAUUAAGUAACGAAACUCCCGAAAAAGUGCAAGCGAAUUAUUUCGUAUGGAAGACAAUUCAAUCAUUGAUUCCCUAUGUCGAAUCUAGAACUCUAUACAAGCUUCGACUAGCUUAUUCUAAGAUUAGAAAUCCAUCAAAUGUAUCUACGGAUGAGUCGUGUUUCAGUCAACUUGAAAAUUUAUUGCCAAAUCUAAUGAUCUACUAUUAUUCACGCCGUUAUCCGAUCGACGGACGAGCCCAGCAAAGUGUCACGAAUCAGUUCAUUAAAGAUAUGAAACAGAAAUAUUUAGAUUUUCUGAAUAGCACUAGUUGGUUGGAUGAUAAAACCAAAGAUUUGCUGAUGGCCGAAAUAAAUUCUUUGAAAUUUGUCGUUGGUUAUCCAAGCGAACUUUUCGACGAUAAAACAUUGGAUGCGUAUUUCCAAGGCCUUGAAAUCACUUCUGAAAAUUAUUUGAAGAAUCAUUUGAAUCUAAAAUUAUUCGGUCGUAAAAAACUCACUGAACUAUUGAUAAGUUCUAAGAAUUCAUUCGAUUGGAUGAAGAUUAUUGGCAUAGAGAAUCCAUUGCACUCUAAUGCUUUCAACUUCUUACAUUCUAAUACUAUUGUUUUAGGUAUCGAAUUACUGAGAAAUUUGUACUUCAGUAUUAAUCGUUCAGAUUACACUAAUUUCGCCACGAUCGGGACCACUAUAGGACAUGAAAUAGGGCAUACUAUUGAUUCUUCUUCCGAUUCCUUCAAUAAAUUCGGAAUCAAAGACAACGGAUGGAGUGUAUUGGCAGAUAAAAAAUUCAGUGAAAUAAAAGAAUGCCUUAUUGAACAAUACUCAAAUUAUUCUUAUGAAGCAACUGGAAAGAAACUAAAUGGUUCAUUCUAUGUGAACGAAAAUCUUGCCGACAAUUUGGGUAUACAAGUUGCUUAUUCUGCCUAUCAAGACUGGGUCAAAAAGAAUGGACCUGAACCAACUUACUCUAGUUUGCCUUACAAUUCGAAUCAAUUAUUUUGGAUAACGUACGCAAGUAAAUGGUGCACAUCGAAGUCAUCAUUACUCAAAGUGAAUUCGACCGAUGAGCAUGCUCCAGUAGAUAAACGUGUCAUUGGAGUACUUUCAAACAGCCGCGAAUUUUCGAAUGAUUUCAAUUGCCCUAUUGGAUCAUCUAUGAAUCCUGUUAAAAAAUGUAGCGUGUUUUAGUAAUGAUCAUCAGAAAUUUUCAUUAACUUUGCAGGUGACAUUCAAUUUACUUAAUUAAAUAAUCAAAC